GUGGUCCUAAACUUUUGCAAAUGUAGUUCAGCUGGCCCUACUAUAGCACUACACUAGUAGGGAUGGUACCAACUGUAGUCGGGGGCCGAGUCGAGGCUGAUGCUAUAGUUGGAGUGCAACACUCAAGUGUAUGCCAUGGAGCAAGACAGGUCCAUGCUGUACCGAGAGCACAACAGCACUCAUGGCAGUAGUAGUGACAAACUACAGCUAAGCAGACUUCGGCUGUCUUGCCUCAGUCUAAAAGGCCUAUGGUAGACUUUCAAGAAAUUUGAGUUGUGGGCGUGCAUUCUCUGUAUGCCCUAUUUAUGCUCCAUUAAGGUGAUAAAGGAGAUUGAAUGUAAUUUGUAAGCUAAGACAAUUUGUAGAGAUUCAUCCUAAUCCUUCAAUGGUUGGAUGAUUGUUGAUUGUUCUGGUUGAUAUGGUUAAUGGUUUCAGUCAAUGGGGUCGCAGUAUAUCACGUCUGUGUAGCACCAAAACUCUUAAUCCUGAGCUUGUUUGCAAAGUUGGGGGAGAGGGAUCUUUAAAAAAAUGGUUCAGGGAGUGGUUGCUGGAAAUGUCCAGCUUCGUACCUGUCCAAAUCUUCACUCCACAGAACUACCACCAGGCGGUGUAUGUCUCAGUGUACCACACAUCUAUCAGAUGGAGGACUGGGAUUGUGGCCUGGCCUGUUCCAGGAUGAUUUUGAAGUUUAUACAUCCUGAGACUGAUGAUGAAUCACCAAAAUUUGAUGAAAUCUGUAAAAAGCUGGGCUUUGGUGAGAGCAUUUGGACAAUUGACCUAGCGCAUUUGAUGGUGCAGUUCAACGUUAAACAUCAGCUGUAUACCAUAACUCUUGGAGUGGAUCCAACAUACCAAGAAGUGGAUUAUUACAUUAACGUAAUGAAGAGUGAGUUCGUCUCAGAGCAACAGCGAGUCAACAACCUCUUUGCCAGUGCUGCUAGACGAGGAAUUCAGGUGGAGAAAAGGUCUGUGACCAUUGCAGAGAUAGAACACCACUUGUGUGGCCAAAAUCCUGCCAUAGUGCUGGUGGAUAACACGAUACUGCAGUGUGAAUGGUGUAGGUCUGAAAGCAAUUGGCAAAAGGGAUGUGGCGAUUGCUUCCCACUUUCGCACUCACGCAAGGGAGGCAGUUUUGUCGGUCAUUUUAUCGUGCUGUGUGGCUUCGACAAGACAAAAAAUCGUUUUCUUUACCGCAACCCUGGAAUUUCACAAGAGCUGUGUUGCUGUUCUUUCUCCAAUUUGGACGAGGCAAGACAGUCUCAUGGGACAGACGAGGACAUUCUCUUCAUAUACAGAUGAAUGAGGCUAAAUAACAGAUUGGGAAAAUACCUUUUGUAAAAAAAAUCUAUUUGUCAUACUUGUUCUUUAAAAUGGGAGUGAGUUAUUGUGGGUUCCUUGGGUUGACAUUAAACUAACAAGCAUUACCCACAUUUAACAUAACGAUCAAAGCUUCAAAUAAUAUCGAGGAUCUGGUCAGGUUUUGGGGAGCCAGUCUUUAGUACAAACAGCACAAAGCACGAAUGAACUCCCUGAAUUUUGGGCAGGGAUUUCAUUGACACAUGCCAUUUGGACUGUGACAAAAAAAGGAGGAAAUUCAGAACUUUACAAGACUUUGUGAAGUGUUUUUCAAUUUUCAGAAGCGUGAGUGUGAAUUUUUAAAAAAAUGAGAAAAUCAGCUGAUCCGAGAAAAAGUUGCAUGCCUGCAUGAAAGUUUUAUUCUCUGUGGAAAUUAUCAGACUAAUAAAACUGAGUAUUUUAAUCUUUACUGAAGAACAAUUAGACGGAGAAACUGAUUUUAAUCAUGUGUAAGUUAUACAGUUGAAUGAUAGAAUGAUAUAUUCUGUAUUUGAUGGAACAAAUUGAAUUAUAUUUCUUGGAGCUUUAUCACGAAUUGUCUGAAAUGUGUUGAGCGAUGGAACUUUGCCUUGUCAGUAAAUGUAAAAAAAGAAAAGAAAGGCAAAUGUGAUUUGCUUCCAUGAAACUGCCGUAUCUUUGAAGUAAUAAAGGAAAUUAUUGGUGACUAAGA